CGCCCGGCUCCAUCCCGCCAGGCUCCCCCGCAGCGCUGGCUUGUCUCGGGCUGGCGGGGACAGGGAGCUCCCGGGGGGCUGCGCCUUGCGCACGGGACGAAGCGGCGUUUCGGGAGCCGGCAGCGCGGCCGUGCCCGGUGCGGUAGGAUUGGGUAUUCCCCUGAAAAGACCACAAGUUUGAUCUCAAAUCAUACCCAUCUAGGAUCUUGAGAAUUAGAAAGAAGCAAGGACCAUUAGGCUCUUGGGAUCUUCAGAAUUUGCAAGGGGGCAACUUCUAUGAAGACUAUGAAGUGCUUAGAUUCCAUGGCAGUGAGCAAAAUAGAAGUCAGCUUCGGAGGUAGUUGUUGCUGGUUACAUACAAGGCCAAUUUCAGAUAUAUGCAAAACCAGAUAUGCCUUUGUGGCCCCAGUGAUGGUGCAAACCAUGAAGUUGUGUUGCAGAUGUGAUGUGUGUUCAGUUUUGCUUUUACAGUGACUCAUUUUGAAAGAUACAUAUUUAUUGAGAUGCAAGAUGUCUGCCCUGAGGUGACUUCUAAUAGAACUUCCCAGCAGGCUCGUCUAAUUUCUGAUUACACCUGGGACUACGAGUACUAUGAGUACGGACCAGUGUCAUUUGAAGGCCUGAAGGCUCAUAAAUAUUCCAUUGUGAUUGGAUUUUGGGUUGGUCUUGCAGUUUUUGUCAUCUUCAUGUUUUUUGUCCUGACCCUGCUGACGAAGACAGGAGCACCUCAUCAAGACAAUGCAGAGCCUUCUGAAAGAUUUCGCAUGAAUAGCUUUGUGGCAGAUUUUGGAAGACCUCUGGAGUCUGAGAGGGUCUUUUCUCGUCAUGCUGAAGAAUCCCAGUCACUUUUCCUUCUGUAUAAUGAAGUGGAACAUAUGAACAAAGCAAAAGAGAGUCAGAAAGGUCCAGGUCUGGAGAGUAAUAUCCACUUCCAGGAGGUUCCCAGAAGCAGUGGAGUGUUUGAGGAAGACCUACAUUGUCUUCCAAAAUUUAACAUUCCUAACUUUGUGAACACUGAGCAGAACUCUUCAUUAGGUGAGGAUGAUCUCCUCAUCUCAGAGCCACCAAUCAUUUUAGAAAGCAAAUUGGUCAUGCAAUCCUCUCAUCGAUCCUGACUGAAAAAAAUCUUUAUGUUAAGGUAAAAGAUUGUCCAGCUUGAACCCUUUCUUGGCCUUCUGCUAUUUGACAGAAGGUAUUUCAGAGCUGUGCUUUUUAUUGUACGUAAGACUGGCUGUGCUACUAGAACUCAGUUUAGACGAGAAGUAAACACUAAAUGCUUAUUAUGAUGGUUUCUGUGGUCUAAACUUUUUGCCCAGCCAGCGUUAUUUUUGCUUCGUUAUUUUUUUUGUUUCUUGUUUUGUUCUUCGAUUUUAAAGGACUGUUUAUGACCAGCUUCUGAAGGAUCCCGUAACAAUUUAUGAGGACUGUGAAGGCUGGAGCCUGGUACUGAGAAGUGUAUGAAAAUUCCUUGGCCAAGAAAAGUGUAAAUCUCAAAGUGAGACUGAAGUAAGGAAUAACAGGCAGCUUCUGGGAGGUUCUGUAGCUUCUGCUACUUCCAGUAACGAUGCCUGAAACUAAGCAGCACAAUAAAUAUCUGCUUGGGAUUAGCUUCAGUUUCUGAUUCCUAACUGUUUUUGGUAUAGGUUAAAGCCAAUUUACAAAGCUUCCAGAGGGAAUACCUUGCAAAUUAAAUUGUUUGGCUACAGUGUUUACAAAAUGCCAUCACCACAUGCUGCUGAAUAAAAGCAAAUUGGUGCCUGUACGUACAGUACUUCAGAGUGACAUUCCAACAGCUGCCCAGUGAUGAUGAGGAAUUAGUAUUCUACACACAAACAUAGACCAUGAUUUGACUCUUUUUUUUGUUUUAAUUGCUGAUGUGAACUUCCAGUUCAGUAAGUGUAGGAUUCAGUAGCUAAAUCACAGGAAAUAAGAAAAAACCUAUUUUUCUUUUGCCAGUGCAGUUACUACAUGCAAAUGUAACAUUAAGCUGGUGUUAUAUGUUGCUUAUAGGCUGAACCUUCCUACACUUUUUGGCUUUAUAAACAGCCUUUUCUUUAUUCAUGGGCCAUGGAAGGGCUAGCAGGCUUUGAAUUGUUGAGAGCACCAGCUCCAAAUGUGAAGCUAAGCUCUGCUUGUUCCGUCUUCUUUUUGUACUCAAUUGGGAUGGUGUUGAAACCUCAGCUACUCUCCCAAUUAAAGGUUUGUCAAGGAAUUGAAUAAGUGUAGUUUCAACCUUUAUUUUUUAGAGACAGAAUAAGGUUCUGAACCUUAGAGAGUACUUAAAUUAUAUUUCAGCUUUCCUCAAAAGAUGGUAAUUAAUGACCAAACGGUUUUAGAGCAAGCACAGAGGAUACAGAGGCACCAGGUUCAAAUGUUUUGCUUGAUUUGGAGUAUGCUCUGCAGGAAAUUCUUAAUUGAAAUGAAAAUAAGUGGAUGCCAGAUACUGUGAUUGUUUUUUAUUUUUUUUUUCUGAAACUGACCUACUUUGUAUACAACAUGUCUGUGUCGGAGGGAAAAUGUAGUAGUGACCUGCUGAUACAUUCUCCAGACACUUAAAUGCUGAUUAAUUAAUUCUUCCUUCACCUUACAGAUAGGAAAAAGUAGUGAAUGGGUUGAAUAUUUAAAGAAUUAAAAAAGUGCAGGAAACAUAUUUGGUUUUUAUCUUCUGUGCCCUUGUUAUAAACCAGUUAUUGCUAAAUUUCCUGUUUUCAAAUGUAAUUCUUACACUACUUGCUGGUUGUUUAAAGUAAUGGGAUUAUAGUUAAAACAAAGCAGAGACUGUUUUAAACUAGCAGAUUUUUGUUGAAAAUAUUCCAGGAGAAGAGUGAAGUGAACCCUGUUCUAAAUGAGCACGGCUCCAUGAGCUGCAGAUCUCCAGUAAAACAUUUCAAGUGCAGAAAAGGCCUUCUUUCACAGGAAGUGCUUAACUACAAGUUUGAAGGCUGUAGCUGUGGACUGUUCUCUUCCCAAAUUAAGAAAUUUGGGAAAUCUGCCUCCGAAUGUGGCAACUGCUUCCUGCUGAGGCAUUUCAAAUAACUGCUAGCUAUCUGAACUGAAGCUCAACAUUGUUCUUGCUAACAAGUUCUGGGACUUUUACUAAGCAUGGCUUUUAUAGCCUAUUUCUGAAUUAGUGAGCUGCCUUCAGUAAUGUUUGAGCCAUUCUUCUUAAUUUUUUUUCUUCCUUUGCCAUGCUUCAAAACAGAAAUGCUGCUUAAAGGACAGAAAAAUCUGUGUAGAAUCCCUCUCUUCUGCAAUCAAGAAAUGAAGGGUUUUUUAAAAGCAUUUAAAACUGUUUCCUUGAACCAUUUAGGUUGGAAAAAGAUCUUUCUGAGUCCAGCCAUUAUCUAAGCACUGCCACAACUAAACCAUGUCCCCAGGUGCCACAGCUAUGUGUCUUUUUAAAUCCUCCAGGGAUGGUGACUCCACCACUUCCCCGAGCAAGCCUGUUCCAGCGUUUGACAAGCCUUUUGGGGAAGAAAUCUCAAAAGUUUCAGAUGUUUAAAAAAAUGCAGGUCUGAUUUUAGAAAAAGAAAACGCUGCCAUUCCCAAUAGGCUAGCCUAAGUUUUUCUUCUGCUACCUUAAACCUUUGUGGCUUUUCUUUGGGUGUAUAAGUGCUACUCUGGGGAGAAAAGGGGGAAGCAUUUUGUGUAUGGAUGCUGGUGACAAUGCCUAGAUGAAAGGUAUUUAAUAAAAUGACAAAGAGAUAAUGUCAACUUAACUAACACCACAUUUGAAUUGUAUUCUAAGUGUCCUUCUGAAGCAUGUAUUAAUCCUGUAAAGCUAUUUAAGUGUUUGGUUCCUGCCUCUGUUAUUCCCUGAUGAUGGUUAUACUUUUUUCACCUUAUUUCCCUUCUAUUUUUAAAGUCCUUCAUGCUGCUUUUUACAGAAAAAUAACCUGGCAGUCCCCACUGCAAAGUUCUCACACCACUUCAGACACACAGUGGCAGCAACACAGUCUGAUUCAGUUUUUCAUUCUGCCUCUGCAUUAGAGUCAAAGGCAAAUGCAGAAACGUUCUGCAGUCUUCAAAAGCAGUUAUUUUAAAACUUUCUUUCCUUUCUUUUUCCUUUUUAGGAACUAACAGAGAUAUUUUGCCUCAGGGGAAAGGGCAAUAUAUAACAUGUUUAAAAAAAUUCAUUGUUAUCCAGAAAACCAAUAAGUGCAUUUAUUAUGAAGUGAAUAGAAAGUGUUCUGACCAGAGUAAUCCUUCAAAAUGAAUAGCUGGAAUUUAAUGGUGUUUGAAAAUGGAAUUUUUGUGAGUUUUUGUAUUGUUCGGCCUCAAGCCUCUUCUCAAAACUCACUAUAAAUGAGUAGAUUUAACUGCAGAGAUAGACAACUCCUCUAAGAUAACUACAUGCAUAAACAUGUCUUGUAUUCUGUAAGAACUUAUUAGGUUAUUUAUUCCAGUUUUCAAAGGUGAAUACUUGCAAAAUGUUCUUCUAUGUAAACAAGUUUUAGCUGUGUACCUUUUUUU